AUGAAGGAGCAAAACUGUUACGAAAUAGUUGUUAAAAAUGAGUCGGAGAACGUACAAAAACAUGUUGCGGGAUGUCUGGAAAGGGUGAAAAUGGGAAAUGUAAAAAUCGUAGGAAAGCAACAUGGAAUUGCCAAGGCGUUCACUCUGUUGGAGUUGUUGAAAAAGGAGACCAAGGAAAUGAACCACAACAUACGAUACAAAAACUUGAAGGCCACCGGACCUGAUAGAAGAAGAUCCCUCGAAAUUAACAUAUUCCUGUCUCUGCGAAAUUAG